GCCUAGAACAUGGAACUAUUUUGGACGCGAAUGUGGGCAACGAGACGUUAAUUUGACUCUUGCUGACGAAUUCCCAGAAACCGCUAAAACCUCGUUUUUUCCGAAAUUGAACACUAGGAUCUGAAUGCGAAGGACACCUCAGAUGUUAUUUUUUCCAGUGAACAUUUGGCAUUUUUGAAGAAAUCACUCUUUAUUCAUACCGCCGUUUGUGGAAUUGCAUAGAACCAACCAGUAGUAAGGGAAGAGAGUAAAUCUAAAUAAAGAAGGUCUCGUCAUAAUUGAAUGCAAGCUCCAUACUGGAUCUCGAAAUAUUUAGAUCCUUGUGAUGCGUUCCCUUUUUGUAUAGGCCAAGCCUUGAUCGCAAAUCGCGCACACAAAUGAAGGUGGCGGUGGUGGACGAUCCAUUUCCACUGGCCGGCAGUGGCGCGCUUGAAAGCUCUCGACUGUGAUGAAAGACGCACACCAUUAGACCCAAGUUCGAGUCCCUAGUCUCCAAAUGUUGUUCCUCAAUCUAAAUUGAAAGUGAAAAGUACAGAUCCAUUUCAAGGAGAGGCUUUUCUGGAUUGAAGUAUUUCCGGAUUGUCGUUUCUAAAUGAAGAUCGCACAAUUUAGAUCCAUGUCUUAAUGAGGAGGCAUUCUGAAAAAAGAGAUCGUGAAUCAGCCUAGUGGAGAUUUAAGCAGUUCUAAAUUUGACGCUGCGCAGAUCUUGAAAGCGUAGAAUCGGAAUGCUCGUGGAAGGUCAAUUUCCAGUGUUGAUCUCACUUGAUUCUCAUCACGAAGCUCUCUAGUACUGUCAAAGGAUUCCCCUGCUAAGAUCGCGUUUGGUUAUCCGACAAGAAUGUACACGAAAAGCACAAUGCACGUGGAAGUAUAUCUCAAGAAGGUAGCGUCUGUAUGCUUCAAACUUGCAUGAUUUUCCCCAAUAUUUCUGCCUUCUCCUAAACUACCCAGGGAAACUAGAGGAAUUCACACCGGAGUCGCUUGAAGAAGCACCGGGGUUCCAUAGAGAGUAGCACCUCCGAAAACAAGGCAAAAAAUGAAGUUGAUUCGUUCCUCCAAUACUAUCACGAUCCCGAAGGGCGUGACCGUGGACAUCAAGUCCCGCAAGGUCGUCGUUAAGGGCCCCAAGGGACAGUUGGAGCGCGACUUCCGUCACCUUCCGGUGUCCGUCGCCAAGAUCGAUGGUGGAAAGAAGGUCGAAGUCAGCCUCUUCUUCGGACUGACCAAGCAGACGGCUUGCUUGCGCACGGUACCUCAUUAUACAUCUUUUUAGUCAAUUUAAAUCAUAGUCUCGUUCUUAUAAAAAAAUUGGCGUUUCGUGAUUACGAAUGCUACUACUGUCUUUAGGUCUUGAUGGUCAUGGAUUUUGAAUUUAGGUUGUGAGAGCAUUGUUCGGAUUCUCUGCAAUCGUUUGACCCAUCUAACUUCACGGCUGUCGAUUCAAGGACCUAAAUCCACCUUCAGCACGAUACUUAGCGCAAUAGAUUUAGAACCGAAAAGGUCUUUGCGUCCCUCAGAUUUCCAACUACAGUUGAUUCUGCCUGCAACCUCUCCCCUAAAUCAUCAAUCUCCAAAUGCCGAAAACAGGUCUGCUCCCACAUCGACAACAUGAUUACGGGUGUCACUAAGAGCUACCGAUACCACAUGCGUCUCGUGUAUGCGCAUUUCCCGAUUGGCGCUGAAAUUGUCAAUCGAGGAAAGCGCAUCACCAUCAAGAACUUCUUGGGAGAGAAGGUCAACCGCGUCAUCGAUAUGAUUGGUGAAACUCAGGUAUAAUGUUUAUGACAGAUCUUAGAGAUUUUAGAUUUGAUAGUAAAUUACCUUGAAGAAUGGUGCUUCGAUUUGAUAGUAAAUUACCUUGAAUAAUGGUGCUUCGAUUUUACUUCUUGGGAGAGAAGGUCAACCGUGUCACCAUCGUUUAGAUCGGAUAUCCACUCCCACCAUCCACAAACUGACACCAAAAAACAGGCCAUCAAGUCCGAGGCUACCAAGGAUGAGAUCCUCAUCGAGGGUAUCGACAUCGAUGACGUCUCCCGUUCCGCGGCCCUGAUCCACCAGUCCUGCCUCGUCCGCAACAAGGAUAUUCGUAAGUUUUUGGACGGUAUCUACUGCUCCCAGAGCGGCCCGAUCGAGGAGUACUAAAUCCGACUGUCGUUUCUGGAAGGAUAUGAAAUGCAGCAAGGAGUUUAGAAGGAGGAGAGGGAAUAGUGAAACUACGUCACGGGGAUGACAGGAUUCUAGGAGUCCAGAAGUCUCGAAAGGGGAUGAUGCGGAUGCAGAUGCAAAUCGUGUUUGGAUGACAUUCAUGUGACACUUGCUGAGGCAAUCAGACUCUUCUUUGUCGUGUCUAUUUUCAUAAGCCGGAGGCUUUUGCUACUCAAAAAACUUCGUGUGGAGGCAAGAGCUGCUUCUGCGGUUCUCAGAUGGACGUGGAGCCCGACAGAGUGUUUUGUGAGGAGCAUCGCGUUCGUCAUUUUUUGUUGACUUUUUCAGUCUUGAUCAUUGAUCGUUCUUCAGCGAGGCAAAUCGAGCUGAUCUGAUCGUAUGUCGGAAAAAGGGGCACUACUUCUGCAACUUGCGAUCGUGAGGAAAAAGACUGAGAGAACGAAGUGAUUCGGCACAGGCAAUGUUGAACCUGAAUCAGAAUCGUAAUAUCGCAGUUCGGCCUUCAGCGCUCGCGUUCUAGUCGGAACAGCGUGUUUCAUCCAAAUCGUGUGAUCAUCUUUUGCAUACUCCUCCACUUUUUCACUUUGACCCUCUCGUUGAAUUCGUCCUCGCGGAUCUUUUCACAUUCUU